CUUCAGUAGCGAUUUGGCUACUGACCUUGUCAGUAUCUAAUCCGCGCCCCCAAAGAGGAGUUUAACAUUUAAGUUUCUUCGAUUCUACAAAGAACGAAAGAAAACUGCCUUGAUCUCUUGCUUGAAGAAAUUUGUGGAAGAGAUCUUCAACUGAGAAAUUGGAACAAAUACACCCAACUGACGGUCAAGAUUCUUUUGUAAGAUAAUUGAGAGCAAUGGAAGAGGCUGCUAAACUCGCUGCGGAGAAAAUUUCACAAGCUAGCAAGGGAUUGUUGCAGACCGAAGAGCUAUACAACUAUAUACUGGAGACUAGUGUAUAUCCCCGGGAGCCAGAGCCUCUCAAGGAGAUAAGAAUUGCUACCGCCAGCCACCCGUUGGCUUUAAUGGCUACUGCUCCGGACGGAGGGCAAUUAAUGGCCUUGCUCUUGAAUCUAAUCAAUCCGAAGAAGACAAUCGAGAUUGGAGUUUUCACUGGAUAUUCUCUCCUACUCACAGCCCUUGCUGUACCUGCUGAUGGCAAAAUCAUAGCGAUAGACCCAAACCGGGCAGCAUACGAGAUAGGAUUGCCAGUCAUCAAAAAGGCUGGUGUUGAGCACAAGAUCGACUACAUAGAGUCUCCGGCGCUUCCAGUUCUUGAUAAAUUGCUAGAAGAUAAAACGAAUGAAGGGUCUUUCGACUUUGCUUACGUAGAUGCAGACAAGGGGAAUUAUUGGAAUUAUCAUGAGAGGUUGAUGAAAUUGGUAAGAACUGGGGGGCUCAUUAUCUACGAUAACACGCUCUGGGGAGGAACAGUUGCCUUGCCCGAUGACUCAUUAGUCCCGGACGACAUGAAAGAAUCGAGGGUCCACACAAUCAAGCUUAACAAAUCAUUGGCGUCAGACCCACGCAUUCAGAUAUGUCAAAUACCGUUAGCUGAUGGGGUCACAGUCUGCAGGCGUCUCUACUGACCUCAUGAUAUAGUCUGGCUUUCACUCUAUGAGAUUGAGCUUGGGGCAGAACAGCAGUAAUCAGGUCAGACAACAGUGAUGUGGUUUUCUAUUUUAGCGUGGAUUAUUUGACGCCAAGUGGAUGUUGUAAUUCAAGUGAAAAAUAAGCUAAUAGAAAUUACUGCAAUAACUUAUCAUAAUCAAAUAGGAUGUAACAUAGAGUUUUCAUGA